CAUUGGGGAAGAGAGGAGUCAACUGUCGGAGGGUAAGGGCAGCACCAUACUUACAAAUGGGCCCACCAUUGUGGGCUGUCUGCCUGGGUGGAGAGGCUAGACAACGAAGCGCCUCCCCGUUACCAUGGUAGCCCAUCCUCUUCCCAACCCCGCCCGCCUUUACUGGCCCUGGGAAAGGCCCGUGGGGAGCGGUCGCCUAGUGCGACUGAAGGCUCCGCCCCUCACUCCGGGUGGCUCUCCGACUGUCUUCCCGCCUGCUUGGCAGUGGGAGGGCGCUGUGGUGGUGGCGUCACAUCCGGGCGGGUGGGUGAGUUCCGGUAUUUCAGGGCGGAGCAGGCGGAAGUAGGGGGUGAGAAGCGGCUGCUACGCCGAGCGGAGGAGGCAGGAACGCGAGACCGAGAAGCAGCUGGGUGGGGACCAUGGCCGGGAUCACCACCAUCGAGGCGGUGAAACGCAAGAUCCAGGUUCUGCAGCAGCAGGCCGAUGAUGCAGAGGAGAGGGCCGAGCGCCUCCAGCGGGAAGUGGAGGGAGAAAGGCGGGCCCGGGAACAGGCUGAGGCUGAGGUGGCCUCCUUGAACCGUAGGAUCCAGCUGGUUGAGGAGGAACUGGACCGUGCUCAGGAGCGCCUGGCCACUGCUCUGCAAAAGCUGGAGGAAGCAGAAAAAGCUGCUGAUGAGAGUGAGAGAGGUAUGAAGGUUAUUGAAAACCGGGCCCUAAAAGAUGAAGAAAAGAUGGAACUUCAAGAAAUACAACUCAAAGAAGCUAAGCACAUUGCAGAAGAGGCAGACAGAAAGUAUGAAGAGGUGGCUCGUAAGUUGGUGAUUAUUGAAGGAGACUUGGAACGCACAGAGGAACGAGCUGAGCUGGCAGAAUCCCGUUGCCGAGAGAUGGAUGAGCAGAUUAGACUGAUGGACCAGAACCUGAAGUGUCUGAGUGCUGCUGAAGAAAAGUACUCUCAAAAAGAAGACAAGUAUGAGGAAGAGAUAAAGAUUCUUACUGAUAAACUCAAGGAGGCAGAGACCCGUGCUGAAUUUGCUGAGAGAUCAGUAGCCAAACUGGAAAAGACAAUUGAUGAUUUGGAAGAUAAACUGAAAUGCACCAAAGAGGAGCACCUCUGUACACAAAGAAUGCUGGACCAGACUCUGCUUGACCUGAACGAGAUGUAGAGCUCCCCAGUCCCACCCUGCUGCUGCUCCUCCCUCUGACCCCAACUCCGCCUGAGGCCAGCCUGUCUGAAGCUGACCUUGAAACUGAGGGUUGAUCUUUAACUGGAAGGCUGCUUUCUCCUUUUGCCACCCCCUCUACCCUGUCCCUCAUGUCUUUUUUUCACCAAAACUGUUCCUGCCUCUUCCCAGAGAUUCCAGUUGGGCUAGAGGCUGAGCACUUUUGGGAACAUUUAAGGGAAUGUGAGCACAAUGCAAAGUGUCUUUAAAAGCAUGUUGUGAUGUACACAUUUUGUAAUUACUUUUUUUUGUUGUUACAGCAACCAUUUGUAAAACAUUCCAAAUUUUUCCACAGCUCUGAAGCAGCAAUCUAAUUCCUUUCUCACUUUUGAAAGGUAACUUUUCAGCCUAAGGCAUAUUGCCCUCCAGAGGAGGAAAACAGGUAUGGGCCUGCCUUACCACGAGCCAAACAGAGCCUAGCAAAAGACUCCACCACGGGAAACCUCAUUGCUCUGUACAAAGUAUCAGCCAAACCGAAAAGGUGAUUCUAGGAGGUGUUAGCCAAAAAAUAAACAAAUACCGUGCUGUUCAGGUUUUCAGCUUUAAGUUAUCUUCUGGACUUUUAUUUUUUACUUUUUUUCAUCAGAAGUGACCAAAUUAGGAUGGUAAGACCUCUGAGGACCAACCCCCUUGCCUUUCUUUCUUUCUUUCUUUUUUUCAGUGCUGGGGAUUAAACCUAGGGCCUCCUGCCUUUUAGGCAAGUGCUCUAUCAUUGAGCCACAUCCUCAGCCCUGAGACCAGAUUUUUGUUUUAUCUCUACCCCCUUCACAACUGGUCACGCAAAGGAUCAUGUGCCCCCUAGUUUUGAGGUGACCACUUAAUUGCUGUCUUGCCUCCUUGAAGGAAGAACGAAAAUUAUGUUUUUGCCACUGAUUUAACCAUAUGAAAUUCAUCUCUCACCCAUUUCUGGGUCUGAAGCUGCUGUCUCUAAAAGUGCCAUCUUGUGCUUUGUAUCCAUGCUGGAGAAAUCUUGAAUAGCUUAUGUACAAAACUUUUAUAUUAUUUUGAAACUUUGCAUCUAUGGGGUUGGGGAGGCCUGGCCACCUUGUCUGACUGUGAGACCUCUACAGUCUGAGGGCUGGUAGUGUGCUGAUCUUUUGAAGUUUCUUUCCCCACCCAAUUCCCACUUUUAGGUGAGGUUUCUGUGAGGUCUGUUAGGUGUACAUCCUGCAGCUUAUUGGCUAAAAUGUAUUCUCCUUUAUUGUGGUCACUUUGGGGCCAGUUGGGAGAAAGAAACCAAUAGUGCAACUGUUUUGAUACUGAAUAUUGACAAGUGUCUUUUUGAAAUAAAGAACCAGUCCCGCCAACCCUCAUAUGUACUUGACUUUUAUUUAUUAAACCAAAUGUGCUUUCUCCAUAAGAGCUAUGAAAUUUGGGUUGAAAAAUCAGAUGUUUGUGGGUGGUAACAGAAUUUAAUGUAGCACA